AUGCGCUUUCUCGUGUCAACCGGGGCCCUGGUAGCACAGUUGCUCCUCACAACAAGUGCUACAAUAAUCCCUCAAGUCAAGGAACAAGAGUGGCAAUCGCUGGAUGCUUAUGUGAAAGGAUCGCGUCUAUGGGCAACACAUUACAAUGGUAAUGUGUAUAGUCUUAAGCUUUCGGGAUCGAAUCUUUCUAUUACCCACACGCAGAAGACUUGUGGUGCGAUGCCCAGUUGGUUGACUUUUGAUUCGGAGAGUAAGAUUCUUUACUGCUCCGAUGAGAAUGGGACUUCGGAUCCGAGUACGCAUGGUUCUUUAACUGCGUAUCGGGUUGAUGGGCCUGGUGGACGAUUGGCGAAAGUUGCGAAGACGAAGACUGUUGGAGGUGGUGUGAAUAGUGUGAUUUUUGAGGCGGGGAAGGGAGAUAAGUAUAUUGCUAUUGCGCAUUAUGAAGGAUCCGCACUCUCAACCUACUCACUACCAUUGAAGCCCAACUCACAUGCCAAACAAAUCCUCCCCUUCAAAAUGACACACAAAGGCGCCGUUGCCCAACAGGACGCCCCGCAUCCACACGAAGUCUUCCUCGACCCAACAGGUUCAUUCAUCAUAUCCCCCGACCUAGGCGCAGAUCUACUACGCAUUUACAGCAUCGAUACAAUGACCGGCCAAUUGGGCCUCUGUCCACCCGUAAACGUAACAUUCGGCUCAGGACCACGACAUGGCGUGUUUUGGACAGAUGGAACGAGCAACGAUACAGACACCCUGACCGGGGCACCGACUCACCAGCGCCAGGUUGCGGCUGUUGGGAAGACAAUGUUGUACAUUGUCAAUGAGAUUGGAGGAACGAUGAUGAGUUACGAUGUUUCGUAUGCGCGGUCUGGAUGUUUGAAUUUGGAGAAGACGCAGACUCUUGUGCCGUAUCCUGGUGGGAAGAUGCCGAAGGGGGCGACGCCCGCGGAGAUUCGUAUGAUUGGGGAGAAGAUUUAUGUCUCUAUUCGGACUGAUCAGGGAUUCAAGCCUGAUGAUUCAAUCGUCACCCUUGAUCGUCAUGAAAAUGGGACGGUUGUUAUGCAGGGGAAGACAAAUGCGUAUGGAAAGGUCCCUAGGACCAUGGUGAUUAACCGGAAGGGAGAUUUGGUUGCCAUAGGGGAUCAGAGCACAGCGACUGUUGCCAUUAUUCGGCGUAACCGAAAGACGGGGGAUUUGGGGGAGAAGGUCGCCGUUCUGCAAGUUGGUGAGCCUGGAAUAGUCGGAACGUCGACUGGAUUGAGUAGUGUCAUUUGGGAGGACUAG